GCUGAUCCCGUUUCGCCUGUCACGCCGCAACCCCCGAGAUUGGCGCUGUGCGACUCGUCUGGAAAUGGCUGGAAACAACCCAGGGCCUGAUCAGAGGAUCUUCCUGGUGGGCAGCACCGGAAGUGGGAAAAGCGCGACGGGAAACACCAUCCUGGGAAGCAACGUCUUUAAGUCUAAGAUGUGUUAUAGGUCACCGACAAGGAUUUGCCAAAGGGAGGAGACCCUGUGGAAUGGCAGGAAGGUUGUGGUGGUGGAUACGCCGGGCUUUUUCAACACUGGGUUUCCAUAUUUAAAAAGGGUGGCGGAGCUCGAGAAGUGUGUGAGGUUUUGCACCCCGGGUCCCCACGCUAUUCUGUGGGUCAUGCGUCAUGGCCGUUUCACCCGGGAGGAGAUGGAGACGCUUCAGCUGGUCAAAGAGGUGUUCGGUCACAAGGGCAAGAAUUAUAUGAUCCUUUUGUUCACCCGCAAGGAGGACCUGGAAGGCGCGACUCUGGAGGAAUACAUAUCCCACGGAGACGUCUCCCUUCAGGCAGCGGUGGCCCACUGUGGGCGCCGCUGCCUGGCCUUCAACAACAAGGCCGAAGGAGAAGAACGG